AUGUCUUCCUUUUUCACUGUGCCUGCAUCGCAGCGCAAGCGCAAGAGAGACGACCGCGCUGCACCCCCAGCAACUAAAAAACGAGGCGUUGAUGCAAAGAAUGAUGGCGGAAGAGCCCAGAAGCCCCGCGAACGGGAGGAAUCGAUUUCAGGGAGUGACAUGGAUGAAGAUGCCGAAAUCAAUUCGGCAAUCUCUGGAGACGACUCUGAAUCAGACUCAGAUGAUGGCGAGACGGCCGCAGACCGAAGAUUGAAACUCGCAGAACGCUACUUGGAUAAUGUUCGAGAAGAUGUCGAGGAAGUCGGGUUUGAUGCGGAAGAGAUCGAUCGAGACUUGAUUGCAGAGCGAUUGAAGGAGGAUGUCGACGAAUUCAAAGGACGAGCCUUCCGACAAAUUGCCGAUAAACUCUCAUUUUCCACGGCUCCUCAUUCAUUCUUCCGCGCAGAUACCCAGUCUACUACUUCCAUCGCCGUCCAUGCGCCUUACGUCUAUACUGUUUCGAAGGACAAAACCUUGAUUAAGUGGGAACUGGCAACACCAAGUGUCCCUGGAGCAACCCAGGAAACAUCCUCGAAACGACCUCAACGAACACAACGCCGGAAGCCGAAGCAGGUGAAGUACGCUCGGGGUAUGCGUAAGGUUGCCGAGACCGGCGAGGAACACGGCCACACGGGAAGCAUUUUGUCUGUUGCUGUCAGCCCCUCAGGAAAAUUCGUGGCAACAGGUGGCGCAGACAAGAAACUGGUGAUUUGGGAUGCGGAAACUUUGACGCCAACCAGGACUUUCACCCAGCAUCGUGACUCUGUCAGCAGUGUCUCCUUUGCUCGUCAUAUUUCUGCUAUGAGCUCCGGAGAGCAGCUUUUCACUGGUAGUUACGAUCGUACCAUUAAGACCUGGUCUAUUAGCGGAGCUGGCCAUGCCUACGUUGAGACUCUCUUUGGUCACCAAGACCAUGUAACUGGAGUGGCAGCAAUGACAAUUGACCAAGCUCUCAGUGUUGGUGCCAGAGAUAGAACGGCGAGAUUAUGGAAGGUUGUCGAAGAGGCACAGCUCGUAUUCCGUGGUGGUGCUUCAAAGAAGGCACCCUACAAGGAAAGCAACAUUGACUGCAUUGCUGCUCUCCCGCCAGCGCACUUCGUCACUGGAUCCGACUGCGGAUCCAUCUGUCUAUGGUCGAUGCAUAAAAAGAAGCCUGUUUACACAGUUGCCUUGGCACACGGUCUGGACCCCAUUCCUCCCUUGGAAGAAUUGUCUCCCGAGACCGACAAGGAGACUGCUGCUCAUAACACCCGACACAUGCGCCCCAUGCCUCGCUGGAUCACCGCUUUAGCCACCCUCCCGGGUACCGACAUCGUCCUGAGUGGCAGCUGGGAUGGUUCUAUCCGCGCAUGGCGCAUCCCAGAAGAUAAGAAGAGCAUCAUUCCUCUGGGCCCUGUGGGUCUAGGUUCUCCUGUCCUGUCGACCCCCGAUACACCUUCCCAGCAACUCAACCAAUCUCUCGCCAACGGAACUCCCAGUCUUGAUGGUAUGGACAUUGAAGGAAAUUCUCAGCAAACCGCAGUCUCAGAAGAACCCUUAAUCAAGGGUGUGAUUAAUGAUAUCGCCGUUUUCGAGCGUCGCCCUGAUUCAGACCAGCCUGAGUCGCAGGUGUCCAAAUCGAAAGCUAGCACCCAACCUCGUGGCUUGUGUAUUGUUGCAGCUGUUGGCAAGGAGCACCGACUAGGUCGGUGGAAGUGUUAUGCAACCAACUAUGAAAAAUCCACUCAGUCGGAUGGUCGCAAUGGUGCAAUUGUUUUCGAGGUGCCCUACACAUCCCUCGUUGGUGCAGAGGCCGAUGUAUAA